UCAAUGGAAACGUCAUAUAGCAGUGAGGAGUUAUCAAAUCAAAAAAAUGUUUGUUUUCGUGAAAUUUACAAAUCAAUCCAAUUGAAAAGGCAAAACAUUAAAAGUUUCUUUGCAAAUUGAACCGCAUGAACGACAUACGUUUUUCGUAAAUACUUGACAGAAUAAUGAACCAUUCGAUGCCAAUUGGAGAAUAGAUUACGCAAAAAGAAAGAUCGAACUUGGAAACAAUUUUUUUUGUUUGAUAAAAAUGCAAAACUAGAGAGUGAUGUUCAAAGUUGAAUUUAUUAUGCGAUAACCAUAAUAAACAAAAAUUCGUACAAUUUCUAUAGAAUUACGAUUUGGCUGAGUAAACGGAAUUUAUAUUUACAUUAGCUUUAACGAGCAGAGAGGUCAUGAAUCAUACGAAAUUCGCUCGUGCUCAACUCGAACAUAAACAACUUUUGUCAAAUUUGAAAUGCAUCGCCGAAACAUUUUUAAAUAGUAAAUUGGGCGAGUCGUGGAUUUAUUCUGGUGCAUUACUCCGUUUGCACACGUCAAUCGAACAGAUAUUCAUCAAUGGCAUUCGAGUGUUCAAACCAGAUGGUAUUACUCCCGAUACGUGGCGUUUCAUCGAAGGACUAAAUUGGCUAAAUCCGUCGAUGACCGUUUCCAUUGCCAAUCGAAGCUGUUCGCCCUCAAUUCACAUUCCCUAUGCUCGGAUCAAAAACGACAAGGCAUUGGCUUGGAUCUAUGAAAGUUUAGAAUCUCAUACAUUGUCGGAAAAGCUGAAAUGUCUAUUGACGGACAGUGAGCACAUUAACACGUGUUACGAAGUGACGGCGUUCCUUCAAAGCGAGAAGUACAUCGGAGCAUUUCUGUUGUGUUUGAAUGCCAUCGAAAAUAAUCAACCGAAUCUGUUGUCACAAAUCGACGGCACCUUGUACAAAUCGGAAAAGUCUCAACACAAAAGAUCAACGUCACAUCCCGAUUUUUCAUUUGUUCCACGGACGAAAGGCAAUCUCAAGGCGUCCAUCAAUUCUAUUACCACCACGCGAACCGUACAUUUUCAACACAGAAAAUCAUCACUCAGCCAUAGCCACAGCGUUACUGAUGGAAGUUCUAAGAUACGAAAAAGGAUCGCAAAAACCAAAGACAUUCAAUUAAUUAGCUUGAAAUUACGUCCCUGGUCGAGUUUGCCAGACGUUCAUAGCAAUAUACAGCCGCAGCGUAAACGAAGCACCACAAUGUCACAGCCGAUACACAUUCCAAACAUACGAUCAAAAAAUACAUCAAUGUCUGGUGCAGUGCGAAAAGUACCUUCAUUCACAUACAAACAGAAUGCAAGCGAUUCGGGAUCAGCAGAACGAAACAAUUGCAACUCGUUGGCAACACUCAGCCCAAGCGGGGGCAGCAGCCAAAUGAGUAACGAACUGAUACCGAUUUCAUUAGUCAAAUGUGAUGACAUUAAAAUUCAUGUGGACAGAAAGUUCAGACCGAAGGAGCCACGUACUUCCAAUAAAAAAGCGUCGCAUCUCAAAUCAGAGGACUUUUCGUAUUCAUCGAAUGACGAAGCAUCGCAUAGCGGAUACUUCAUUGGAAAUGAAAAUCUACUCAGCAUUAUGAUUCAUCCCGAUAAACCGGAAUCGCUGACCAUGUACUCUGGCUUUGGUGGUCCGGGCUCAGCUCCUGCCGAUUUCGUCAACGAAUUUAUACCGCGAGAGGGUGAGAAAAUUCAAAACCGAUACGGCAAACCGACAAUGGCAGACUUUGGUCAAGAAUGUUCGCCGAUCGGAUCACAGCAGCGACCCAAGCAAGGCCAAAGUUUGACGUCAUUUCUGCAAGCGGCCCAAUUUUAUCGGGCCAACACGGAAUUGGAACGGGAAAAUGCUCACUUCAGUGUUUCCGAAGCGAUGAUAUCGGCCAUCGAACAAAUCAAAUGGCAACGAUUCCAGGAAACCAAACAACAAUCGAUUGAAGACGUCGAAGCGAUUCAUCGGAAGCUGAAAAAUCGCGGACAGUACACUCGUUGUGCAAGUAGUACAAAAGCAAAAUCUGUUGAAUCGGGAUCGUCCUCGUCAUCCGAUGGAAGUUCAGGGGAUUUGGGAUAUUCAGCCAAUGAUUCUACCGCGAAUCUCAGACAAUCUCAGAACCUGUCUACAUCCACCCAGAGCAUGAACGAUCACAAAGCGUACGCUGAAUGGGGCGACAACCUGUCGGCCGAAAGUGUAGCAUUAAGCCUAAUAUCGAAAUUUAACGACAAACAAUUGCCAAAAGCUUCUGACCUGAUGUGGCUGGUAUCGGAACAGGAUGCACCGCAAAUGAUGUUACCGAUGCCUGGUAGCUGGACCGUAAGUCCAGACGAAAUUUACAAAAUUCCAUUCACUCGAGGCACACGCGAUUGGGCACCACCUAGAGCACAAAUUAUAUUCACGCGACAUCCACAACCGGAUCGCAAAAAAUUGUUGUACAAACAAAAUCAGAAAUGUGCCGGAUGUGGCAUGAGAGUGGCUGCAGCGUUUUCGCAUCGUUUCCGGUAUUGUGAGUACAUUGGGAAAUAUCAUUGCAGUGGAUGCCACAGAAAUCAAAUAUCUGUCAUACCAGCUCGUGUUUUGGAUAGAUGGGACUUCACACUACAUCCAGUUAGCGUCUUCUCCUAUCGAUUACUGGACCAGAUUUGGACGUUUCCGGUGUUUCGCGUUUCCGAUUUGAACCCAGAACUGUACGAAAAAGUUCGAAUCCUACGAUUUGCGAAACUGCGACGCGUCCAUUUGAAAUUCGUCAUGGACUUCAUUACGUCGUGUCGUUUCGCUGAUGACUCGCUCAGACUAUUUGAUGGAACCGAAAAGUAUUUGACCAAUGACACGGAUCUAUGGUCGAUGACUGAUUUUGUAGCCGUUCGUAACGGAUCAUUUUUGAAGAAUAUUUCGACCAUAAUAGCCAAAUGUGAUGAACACAUCAGAGAAUGUGAACUGUGCACUGCCCGCGGUUUUAUCUGCGAACUCUGUCCGCAGAAACAAGUGAUUUUUCCGUGGCAACCGAAAGUGCGGCGUUGCAACGAAUGCGGAGCCUGUUGCCAUGAGAACUGUUGGCAAAAUGAUUGCAACAAAUGCCAGCGACUGAAAAAGCGCCAACAAUCGUCGGGAGCGCGGAAAAUUUAAUUUGAUGCGAGAAGCGGGUGAUAUUGUGAUAUUUUUAUAAUUGACACGACGACGACGACGUGGGGCGGCAGUAUUGUUUGUUUGUAUUAGAGAAAAAAAAGAAGAACAGAGGAACCGAAUAUGCCUUGUAGGUCUAUAAUGAUUUCGAUUUUUAACGAAAACGAAACAAAAAUAAAUUAUUUACAAAUGAA